CUGAGGUGGCCGCCGCCAGUAGCGCGAGUCCGUGAUCGCGCGACCAAGUAUGGAGAAGAAGAUGGAGAAGAUGAUCCACAACAACAUGCAACUCCUCGGCAACCGCAUCCCGAAGGCGAAGCGCGCCCAGACGAUCCUGGACAUGGCCCGGAUCCAGCACGAGAAGAAGCGACAGCGCGUGAUAGAGGACGACGACGCCGACGACGACGACGUGCCGAUUCUGCCACCCGGCGGUCGCACGCCGACGCCAGCAGCUCACACAGCAGUCGACCGCGCCUCGCCUCUGGAAGGCUACGUUGACGCCGCCUCGACGCCGACCGCGAACAAGCCUGCGAUCCGCCCCGCAGUGAGCGUGCUUGCGCGGCUGCCGUCGCCUGCGGUCGCCCAGUCCCCGAUUCGUCCCCGCCCCCCCAUUCUCCUCCACAACCGAGCAUCAUCGACAGCGGUGACGCCACUUGCGUCACCCGCCGUUCGGUCGUCCGAAGUGACGCUGCUUCGGGUGGAACCACCGAUUGCCACUGCCGCGCUGCCGUCGCCUGCACCGUCCGCUGCGCCGCAAACAACUGUUCUCGAGCGCGUCUCGUCGCCGCCGGCCAAGAAGCCCAAGAAGGCGCUCUCUACGCUCUCGUCGAGCUUCAAGAGCAUGUGUUUCUCGACUGAAGACCCAGCGACCUCGAUCGACGUGACGCCGGAUGGCCAGUGCAUCAUCAUUGCCUUCUCCAACGGCUCUGUGCGCCUCUUUGACAUCAACAGCUCGUGCACCGAAGAGCGGUAUGGCUAUCUCCUCGGGCAUCUCGACGAAGAGCUCAACCAGCAAAUGACGCCGGCGACGGUUCGGCUCAAGGUGACGCCGGACGGGUCCUACUGCUUCGUGGGCUGUCGCGGCACGUCGCCCAAGACCGUCAUGGCCAUCCACUUGGAUCGCUUCCGGCACCACAAGAGCAGCGAAGACGAGACCAAUUUGCUCAAAUUCUUCUUCAGCGACGCCAAGUUGCGGGGCUUUGCGGAUGCGUCCGACAACACGGCCACGGACCCGCAGAAGAAAUCCUACUUUUUGCUCUUUGGCCUCGGCGUGCAAAAUUUCCGGCUCUGGAAGUUUGAGCAAGCUGAGAACAGCCGGCCCAUGUGGACGUACCUUCGCCAGUUCAACUCUGCGAGCAACACGGCCAUGCACGCGGCCUUCUUCUCAGCGUCGUCGGCUGGCCUCUCGUUCGCGGGCGUCGGCCUCGACAGCAACCUUCGCAUCUUCACGUUCACGACCGACUCGGCGCUCAUCGAGGGCGGGGAGACGAGCCAAGUCGUGGUCCCCAACACCAAGGACAUUACGUACAUCAAGGGCCAGUACGCGUACGGCUACACCAACGUCGGUGGCUUUUACCGCCACUCGCUCCUCGAGCCAUCGGCGCCGCGGCAAGAGUUUGUGCUCAACGUGGAUCUGUCCACCGGGCGGUCCCGCGGCGCGGGCAUCGUCGACCAUAUUUACGCGACCGAGAAUGGCAACCACGUCUUGGCGCUGGCCGACGGCACUGUCUACUACUGCAACCCGGCCGUGUCCAUGUCGCUGCACAUGAUUGGGUCGACGAUUGCCCCGGGAUUGGUUCAAAAGUAUGGGAUUCCCGCCGCCAUUUACGUGCCGAUGACCGCCCAGUCGAUCCAAGAACCCGUGGUGGCGGUCACAUCCAACUGCGAAGACGACCGCGACGGCUUCUUCACGGUCGACCCGGUCAAGAAGCUCGAACGCGCGCUCGAGCGCGGGAAACCGUCCAUUGGACUCACGUGCUGGGUGUGCCAAAGCCACACGUCGCUGCACUGGGGCGUCAAGAACAAGACGGUCAAGCCAGAGCCCAGCAGCAGCAGUAGUAAGGGCGGCAGUAGCAGUACCAACAACGUCACGCCACCAAAAGCACCGACACCGCGCCCGCCAAAACCCGCGUCGACGGCCCCGAGCCGCCAGGAGCUUGCGACGACCGUCUCGACGCUGACAAAAGAGCUUGCCAACGCCCAGAAGCGUGUGACGCAAGUGAAGAACGAAGCCGACCGCCGUCUCCGCGCCGAGCUCCAGCUGCGCCGGACGUGGAAGGCGCAGACGCUCGAGUACGAAGAAAAGGUCGACAAAGCGCAAACCGCGGCCGAGGUGAGCCAAGCCAAGGUGACGGCGCUGCGUCAAAAGCUCGCCGAAGUCGAAGCCAAGGUCGCGCACGAGGCGCUCCGGGCCGAACAAGAGGCGGGUGUCCGGCUGCAGUACGAGCAACUCUGCGUGCAAGUCAAGGCCAAGAUCGCGCAGGCCGAAGCGCAGCAAAAGGUGCUCGAGCAAACGACCAAGACACUCAUUUGCGAGAUUGACCGCAACGUCCAGUCGCUCAAGGCGGACACGGCCGAGACGGUCGCGGCCAUGGGCAACACCAACCACGGCCCCGAGUGCGUCAUUUGCCGCGACAAGACGGCGAACAUGGCCGUGUAUCCCUGCGGCCACCUCUGCUUUUGCCAAGAGGAUGGCGAGCGCUACCAGGCGCAUGCGAUCCACUCCAAGAACUGCCCCGUGUGUCAAGUCGAAGUCAUUUCGCUCCUCCGCGUCUACGCCCCGUAAAGCA